AUGGCACAUUUCAUGCCUGAGGGGAUAUUUGAUCACACUCCAAUUGUGAUAAAUGUAUACCCUAGUAUUGAACUAGGUAAACAACCAUUUAGAUACUUUACUAUGUGGAGUGGAGAUGAAAAGUUUGCAAGAAUAGUAGCUGAAUGCUGGGCAACACAGGUGAGUGGAAGUAAAAUGUACCAGGUGACCAGUAAAUUGAAAAAAAUCAAGCAAGCCCUGAAAACUCUGAAUGCAGAAUGCUUCUCUGAUUUACAAGCUUCAGACAUCAGGGCCCUGAAAUCCUUACUUCAGUGUCAGGAGAGGCUUCAAUCUCAGCCUAUGAAUAUGGAGUACAGGAGGGCUGAAAGUGAGGCAGGGAUCCAGUAUAACUUAGUUCACAAGAAGUAUUUGUUAUUCUUGGCACAAAAAUCUAAGAUGAGAUGGUGCAAGGAAGGUGAUGAGAAUACAAAGCUAUUUCAUCAAUCUAUCAGAGCAAGGAGGUUGCAGAACACUGUUUAUGCUAUACAUGAUGAUCAAGGCAACUGGAAGGAGAACCUGGAGGAGGUGAAUAUAGCUUUUUUGAAUUACUAUAAAAAGCUACUAGGGUCAGAGUUACCUAAUAGAGUUCCUGUGAAGGAGUUUGUCAUUAACAAGGGACCAAUGUUGAGUGAAGAUCCAAUGGAGGAUGCUUGGAGUAUCAUAGGGGAGGAUGUAACUGAAGCUGUUCUGGCUUUCUUUAAUUCAGGUCAGUUGCUAAAAGAGAUCAAUAGCCAGAAGUCUGAGUUCUAUACAGUAGGUAUGGAUGAAAGCCUAGUCCUUAGAAUUAAGAAUGCAUCUGGCUUUAGACAUAGUGAGCUCCCUUUUAAGUAUUUGGGGUUCCCAUAUGUGCAAAGAGGAUCUCUACAGUUGAAUGUGGAGUAUUGGUGGAGAAGAUGA